UUGCUUUGUAACCGAGAAAUACAUGAUAUCGAUUCCUUGACUUCGGAGAGCUUCAAUCCAAUUUUACCCAGCACUACUGCAGGAAAUCGUCCAGUGUAAUGUUUUUUUAUUUAUUUCAAUUUACGAUAUGAUCUUUUCAGUCUUCUAAAUCGGGAGUUUUCAAGCUUUUCAGUUCGCAUUGGUUUAAGUUACCGUAACUGGUAACUACUAUCGAAAUGAUUUGAAGAAAAAAACGGAACAGAACGGCAACAAAACAAACUGCGUUGAAUCUGCCGUUCAAUCGAAUGUGAUAUGUAUGUUAUUGAAAUGGUCUCAGAAUAUUAGGCAAUCUUCCAAAAUAUUUUAUGAAGAUAUCCGCGAAAUACACAAACGGCGCUAUUUAUUACAGCCUAUUGCAUUGGAAAUUUUCUGUGGCAAUGGACAAAAUUAUUUGUUAAGCUUUCCUCAAAAAGUGCGUAACAAAGUUUUUCAAAAAGUAUCUUCCAUGGCAACACAGAUUGCAGAUAAUGCGCAGCAAUCUGUUGCAGGCCAGAAAAGAACAGCACAUGUAGAACAAAACACUGGCCUGUUGAGCAGUUUAAUAGGUGAAACUUCUGUGACUCAACGUUGGGUGCGUGGUGAAAUAUCCAAUUUUCAAUACCUCAUGCAUCUGAACUCUCUGGCAGGACGCUCGUAUAAUGAUUUAAUGCAAUAUCCUGUAUUUCCUUGGAUAUUGGCAAAUUACGACUCCACAGUACUAGAUCUGCAUGAACCAGCUAAUUUUCGGGAUUUGUCAAAACCAAUGGGAGCUCAAACAAAGGAACGUUUGGAUCAGUUUCUAAAACGAUAUAAUGACUGGGACGAUCCUCAAGGUGAUACUCCACCAUAUCACUACGGAACACACUACAGCUCGGCUAUGAUUGUUUGCUCCUAUUUAAUUAGACUAGAGCCAUUCACACAACACUUUCUACGUUUACAAGGAGGACAUUUUGAUUUAGCGGAUCGCAUGUUUCACAGUAUCAAGGAAGCUUGGCAUUCGGCUUCCAGACAGAAUAUGGCUGACGUAAAAGAACUGAUUCCUGAGUUUUUUUAUCUUCCUGAGUUUCUAGAAAACUCAAAUAGUUUCGAUCUUGGUACAAAGCAAAACGGUGAAAUUUUGAAUCAUGUUGUACUUCCUCCUUGGGCAAAAAAUGACCCUCGCGAAUUUAUUCGCAUGCAUCGCGAAGCCCUUGAAUGUGAUUACGUUAGUCGCCACCUACAUUUGUGGAUCGAUCUUAUCUUCGGUUAUAAGCAACAAGGCCAAGCUGCAAUCAAUGCUGUCAAUGUGUUUCAUCAUUUGUUCUACGAAGGAAAUGUAGAUAUUUACAACAUUGAAGAUCCGCUUCAGAAAAAUGCCGCAAUAGGCUUUAUAAAUAACUUUGGCCAAAUUCCGAAGCAAAUAUUCCGAAAACAACAUCCAGCCAAGAGAAUGACUCCGACGAAACAAUUUUCUAUGUUAGUUGAUGUUAGCCCACUGAUACCUCCUCAGUCACCGAUCGGAGGUACUCCAGCAAUCAACUAUGACAAAAUAUUCUUUUAUAAUCUUAAAUAUUUGAAAUCAAGCCAGCUGCCUAUCAAAGAACUGAAAGGUCCGGUUGGAAGUAUAAUACAACACGAAAAAAAUAUGUUAUCAGUUGAACAAAACAAAAUUCUGAUACCAAAAUCAUACAAUCGAUACGUUACUUGGGGUUGUGCUGAUAAUUCAUUACGUGUUGGCUGUUAUGAUUCAGAUAAAACAUAUCAUGUUUGGGAAAAUAUUGAUAUCUGCGGCGAUAUAAUUUGUUGCACGUGUCCAAGCUCAAAGUUACUCAUAAUAGCUGGUACCAGUUCAGUAUUAUCUGUAUACAAUAUGGAUGCAAAAAUGAAGAAACUAACCCUGAAGCAAACUUUGUUUGGACACUCAGAUGCCGUUACCGCUCUUACGUCGAGCUCCGCGUACAAUAUUAUUAUAAGCGGUUCACGUGACCAAACUGCUAUAAUAUGGGAUUUGGCACGAUUGACGUACGUCCGUCAGUUAGUUGGACACAUGGGAGUAAUAGCAGCUGUGUGCAUCAAUGAGUUGACGGGUGAUAUUGCGACGUGUUCCGGUACUUGGUUGCACAUUUGGUCUAUCAAUGGUCAUCAGCUAGCUGUUGUUAAUACAAGCAUGGGCAGCUCUGAUCGAAUGCAACAAAUUCUCUGUGUGACUUUUUCAAGCAUUCGCGAAUGGGAUACUAAAAAUGUCAUAAUCACAGGCUCGACCGAUGGAGUAGUUAGGUUGUGGUCAAUUGAGUUUAUUUCGAAAGCACCACAACACUCGGCGGAGGAGUUGUCAACAGGGGCUUCAAAAGUAAAACCGGAAGUAAAGGACAAUAACGUGCAAUCACUGGAAACUGUGCAUUGGGAGAGAACACUUAUCUUCAGGACGGAAUUAACCUUGCAUACUGCGUACGAUCAUAAAAUUAAUACGGAACCAGCAAGUAUUACAGCUCUAGCCAUCUCGAAGGAUCAUUACACACUCUAUGUUGGCGAUGCUCGGGGACGAAUAUAUUCAUGGUACGUAGCAGAAUCUCCAUUUGCUAAUCAAGUGCGAGUGUCUAGUGGAUUAGCUCUUCAAAAAACAAACAAAUGCUCCAGUAUGGAACUUUGAUAAUCUACCUAUAUUCCUGUAUAUGUCAAGGGUAACCAACUAGGCUAAUUGUGUGCUGUAGAUGAUCUAAUAGUUUAAGAUUAGUUUUAGUAAAAGUUUAAAUGUAGAAGUUUUCAGAAGAAAGUUUAUCGUUGAUAAAUAAAUAUGAAAGAAUAAAUAGA